AUGAAGCCCGGAACCUACAUUCCUCUAGGAAGACUUAUCUCGGAUUUUCUGAUUGAGAAUGGAUUGGUGGAUCACCUGAUCCGACACAAUCUGAUGGAGGAUGUCAUUGUUGACACUAGAAGACCUCUGAAUGCUCAGAAUCUAAAGAGUAUGGGGGUGAUUGAGCAAGUCAGAGCUAAACCAACUCUAGACACUUCCUGGGAACCACUCAAGGAUCAUAGGAAGAUUCCCAACGGUCUCUAUCUUUUCUCAAAGAUUGACCCUCCAGAAGUAGUGGCUCUCUAUCUGAAAGACCUUGCAAGCCAAUGGGUGGAUAUUUCUGAGUUCUCCAUGGACUGGCUGCCUAAGCAUCCACCAAACUUCAUGAAGAGGAUGCGAGAGCCUUCUGAAAAGUCAAAGAAGGACAAAAAGGCUAAAUUGGGAGAUGCUUCUGGGUCAAGACAUCCAGUCCCUCUGGAUGAUUCUCCAAGUAAGUCUCUGCCUCCCUCUCGCUCUGUUAAAUUAAAGCCUAUUGCUUAUUCUCUUUCCCAAACCACUCCCAUCUACACCCAAUCAGAAACACCUCCCUCCACCACCAGAACUUCUAACCCACCAUCUCUCAAAUUUAAUCUCGCAACCACUACCCUACCCGUUUCUGAAGCAGAAAUGUUGAAUGAAACCACCUCACCAUCAUCUUCCUCACCUUCAUCCCCACCAUACUACAUUCUCUCAUCAUACAACGAACCCUCUGACCCCCAAUCCCCCACUCUAGCUCAACUUCAGGCACAUGCUCUGGCCUCACAACAGCCAGCACAACCUGAACCUGAACGUGAAGUCACCUCUCCACCCUUUGAACAACAAAAUCCACCUCCAUCUGAACAACCACAAACACCACCUCCUGAACAACCAGCACCUUCACCCUCUAAAUAUCAACCUAGUCCAUCACCUGCACAAACGACACCACUUCCCUCUGAUAUUCCCCCACUACCAACCUCUGAAGACAUCAUCACUCCUCCAAAUCCCGUUGACACCUACCCAAUUCCACCAUCCUCCCCAUCCUCUAACCCUGAAUCGGAAACAACCUUCCCCACAUUAGAAGAAGCAAUAACUUUAUUUGCAGAGUCUUCAGUGGAGAAGAUCAAAGAUACUGGAGUAAGGCUACAGGCUCGCUUGGUCAGAGAGGCUGAGGAAAAGGCCAGGAAGGAAACAGAAGAGAGAUCUCUCUUGGAAGAAGAGCAACGAAUCAAAGAAGCUAAAGAGAAGGCUGUUGUUGAAGCUGCUGCUGCUGCGGCUGAAGCUGAGGCAAAAGCAAAAGCCGAAGCUGAAGAGGCAACACACAUUACUGCAAAGGAAGCUGCAAAGGCCAGUGCUAAUGCUCUGAAUCAGGGGGAGCAAUCUAACUAUGGUUUUUCCCCUUUAGUCUUGAAAACUCGGGAAGAACUGCAAAAAGAACAAUAA